AUGGCCCAUUUCUUGAUAGUAGCCAUUCUUACCUUCCUCUCUGUUACCAGGGCUGAAGAUCGAGCUCAUGGACUGGAGAAUCAAAGCCCAGCAGUGCUCCCCCCAGAAGCAUACACGUUCUUCAACCCCAAAACACAACAGAGCAAGAACAGCCAGUGCAUUUCCUCAGAUUGCUCGUUGCUGCCUCUAGCUGCCACCUUGCAGUCUACAGCCCGCAAGAGCGCAUCUCCAAGUGGAAGAGGGCUGGGAGCUGGUGGCAUUGCUGGGAUUUCUUUAGGCUUCGUAUUUGCCUGCCUCAUCACAGCAGGAGUAUAUUAUGUGGUCAUCAAGCAGCAAGCCAACAAGCGGAUAGAGAGUCCCCAGCAGCUGGCGGAGGUGUAA